UUUAGAAGGACGCGAAUAAUGUUAAAGCACUAAACUUAAAACCUAAUCAAUCAAUUACGCAAUUUCAUGACAAUACUUGCACAUCGGUCUGAAAAUUCGAUGAAAUUUUGCUACCAGGAAAUUUCCAAACCUACGGAUUUCAUUGGAAAAAGAUUACAUGGAUUGAAUGCAUGGGAAAUCACAUGAGAUUAUAUUAAUGAAUAAUUGUUCAAAUACUUCAAUCCCGUAUAAAAACGGGCAACUUGCCACCAAAUAAAUUAGUACAACACAUGUAAUCAUCCAUAAAACUAAAAAUGAAUUUACCACGAAUUACGAUCGUCAUGGUGUUCCUUACCGGGGCGUAUUCCGCCCCGAAAUCCGAAUUUUUACGCACGGUCAUUUCAUCUAACGAGGGCGAAAUUCAGUUAAACCUUCGAAAACCGGAGACCCCAAUUUUCCAGGAUAACUUCAAGGUCAUUUUGUCAACCCGAAGUGAAUCUGGUGAAACAAUUCUGCUUGAUGGAACACCAUCGAAGGAAAUAAUUUCUCAACUUGACGACCAAAUCCAUAUUGAUCCGGACUCAAAUGCCGUUGUCAGAUUGACUACGGUGAACGGACAGACGCAACUGUUUGGACAUAUCAACAAUCGCAUGAUUUCUUAUCACGAUGGUGAAAAUAUCCACAAAUUAGUAGAGGAGAGUCUGUCCGAGGAGGCGUCUGACUACCUGGAAAUUCCUGAGGAAAUCAGACUCGCACAUCCACCCAUCACCGCAAAUAGAUCCACCGACGCUGUCGUCACCGUAGAAUUGCUGAUCGUAGUCGACAAUAUGCUAACUUUACUCUUGGGUGGAGAUGUUAACAGGAUUUUAGAGUAUUACGCCAUAGCUGUGAGAAGCGUUAACAACCGAUAUGCAACUAGCUUAGAUCCCAGGGUUACCGUUAAGCUCGUUGGAAUUGUAGCAAUUCAGAACAUUGCAAAUCAACCAUUCAUCGAAAACCAUCGUGGACCUGAUGGUAACUACGACCCUAACGGUAUUCUACCCGACUUUGGGAGAUAUCUGGUCACAAACGGGAGUGCCUUCCCUCCCCACGAUUUGGGAGCAUUGCUUACCGGUGUUAGCAUGGGGAACAUUGCGGGACUGGCUUAUCGCGGUGGAGCGUGUCGGGAAACGGUGAGGGCUUCAAUAACUCUAGAUGCAGGAGCAGUAUUUCGUGGCGUUGGGACUUUAACCCACGAAAUGGGACAUAACUUGGGCUCGGCGCAUGACGGCGAUGCCGUGGCAGGUACGGAUUCGUGUCCAAAUGAGGACCGUUACCUGAUGAGCACAACGGGAGGAUUUGGUCCAAAUGGAUAUUACUUUUCAACUUGUAGCAAGGCAAUGAUGAACACAUUUUUUGGAACUACGAAUGCCAACUGUCUCUAUUCUCAAGAGUCUCCAACCUGGCACACACCGUCGCCCCUCUUACCAGGCGAUUUGAUAAAUUUGGACGAUUUCUGCCGGGCUUAUCGCCCCGAAUCAUACGUUUCGGAUACCCACACCCCUGACGAGCUGUGUCAAAAUGUGCGAUGCAAAUAUCGUGCUCCGUGUCCUGCACCGGACGAAAAUUUUACCUGUGUCUGGACUGUGACGCUGAAUCGGAUGGCACCAGAUGGCGUUUCCUGUGGGACAGGCGGGAGAUGUACCCUGGGCACGUGCCAAAACUGAUAUCCUUUUAAAACAAAUAAGCUGAAAACAAAACACAUAUUUUAAUGGAGUGGAUAGAAGAGAGUGAACAACACCUUAGUACUAAAUAAAUAACAAAAUUUAAUUGUGAACCU